UUUAAGUGCUAGACUACUUUAUACACAAACACUUACUGAGAUUUGUUAGGAAUACAUGAAAACAUAAACUGAACAAGAUUUAUUAAAUCAUUAUAGACCCUUUAAAGCUCUAAAUCUGUAAUUAUUUAUCUAAAUUAUAAAGGCCUUCUGCAAUGAACGAAUCUUUGAAUAAACAAGAUCUUCCAAUGGAUGAAAGUGCAGAUAUAAAUUCAAGAGGAGACGCAUCCAAACAGAACAAACCUGAUGAUCUUGUUCUCUAUUAUUUUCCAACGUCAUUUUCGUCACAAAAGGUUUUAAUUAGUUUUUUUGAAAAAGAGUUAAAGUUCAAGCCUUGUAUAGUCAGUUUAUUUCAUGGGCAGCAUAUGGAACCAUGGUACAUUCGACUCAAUCCUAACGGCAUCCAUGUUCCAGUUUUAGUUCAUGGAGAUAAGGUCAUCAAUGAUCCUGACAAAAUCAUCGAAUACAUAGAUACACUUAAAAAUGGUCCCAACUUGAUGCCUCCCAAAACAUCCCUCUUGGGUCAGCAAGUCUCCAAAUUUCAAGAAAGCUUAGAGAAGAUUCCUGUAGAUGUUAUUUCUUAUGGCGUCAUAUUUCAUCCCCAUCUAUCAGAAGGAGGCUGUCAAUUACCUGUUGCCAUACAGAGAAGCAUGAAAGAAAACUUUGCCAAGCGACUUCGCUAUCUGAUCUCCCUCUCUACUAUUUAUCCUGAUCUGAGAGACUGUUACUUGGCCAAAAGUCAGACAGCAGCAGAAAAAUAUGAUCUGAUAACGGAUGAAGAUAGAGUGAGGGGUCAUAUUGAACAGUUGUCCAGUUUCUUAAAUAAUGUUGAAGGAGAACUUCGGCAGCGCUAUAAUAUAGAUUCAGCAGACGCCAUGUACUUGUUUGGUGAUUCCUUGACAGUAGCUGACAUAGGCCUGUAUGUUCUCAUAACAAGACUUCAGUUGCUGGGUCUAGUGCCUCAUUGUGUGCCUGCGUCAAAGUUUCCCCUAACUCACAGACACUACACGCUGCUCUCUGCACGUCCCUCUAUCAAUCUCCUCCUCCAGGAUAUGUCCAAGUUGAGGUACACUCUGCUUCUGGAAGAUCUCAAGGCUUCAGGGACGUAUGCGGCACUGGCACUGGGAGCGGGACUUGUUUUGGUGGCUGCUUACUACUUUAUUAAAAGACUGAAGUCAUAAACAGUUAAGACUAUUUGAUACCUAGUAUACGGUACUUUUCUUAGUUGAAAGAACAUAAUUGGUUUGACUAUUACUAGAAUGAGACAUAGAGCACAGCCUGGAGCAAUGCCUUUGUGCUGAUUGUUCUAUUUAUUUAUUUUUUCUCUAUGUGAGUUUUUCAUAACCCUAGUCCUAUUGAUUUUUAAAUAUUUAUGAAAUACAAUUGUCGUCACAUCUUAAAAUCUUAUAAGAUAAUAAUGUGCCACCAGAGAGUUUUUUUUUUACUUAAAGUACUCGCACUGGCUGCAGUCACUUAAGGUAACAACAGACUGAGAAAGUGUAACUUGACUUACUAUAUUGUAAACUUUAGGUUCAAGUUCAGACCUGCCUACCGUU